UGUCUCUCUUUCUCUCUCUCUGUCUCUCGCUCACUCUCUCUGUCUUGUGCCAGCGCUGCGAUCUCCUCUGGAAGGCCUACUGUCUUCAAUAUUGUUGAAAUGGCUGAUCAGCAAGACGACUGGGAAGCAGAAGAUGCUAUUUUCCUUGCUGAUAUGCUUCUGGCUCAAGAAAAAGAAAAGAAAGCCAAGGGCGAAGCAGACUCUGCUACAGGCAGUAGUUUUCAGGUCUGAUGGGUGGAAAAAAAUGCUGAAGGAAGUCCACUGCUAAAAAGAAGCAGAAGUGGAGAGACACGAAAUCGUGCUUCAGCUACAGUUUCCGUGGUUCCCAGUGAGGACUCUAUUCCUUUUGAGUCAGCUGAGGAGGUUCUCACAGUGACCCAAUCAGACUCCUCUCAACAGUUAUUUGCCACUGCACAUCUCCUGCCAUCAUUCGAUGCAGAGACUGCAUGCCAGAGGAGUGGCUGUGUACGGAGUGUGACAUACACAUCCACAAAAAACACACACUCCAUAACAGGGAGUCCUGCAUUGGGGGAAUUUACAAGCCCAUAGAGCCAACAGUGUGCUGCGUAAAGCAAAAUGGCGGAUAUACACUGGUCAAUCAAGUAUGUCUUUUGCCUACAGUGAGGCCUGUCCAGUUGUGCACGUGUGAUCCUGCAACCAUAACAGAAUCAGCUGGUAGAGCAAUAAUUAUGGUUUGCAUAAAUGGUCGGUAUGAUUUGCACUUGCCAAACUUGUCUUGCAAAUUAUGUCUGGCACAGUGGACACCUGACAUGAGUGACCUCAUACGCAGUGGGUACUGGCCAGCAUCUGUGAAUGCUGACACAUUGUUUUCUAUGGAUGUCUUUACUUCAUUUGAAGAGUUGAAAACUGUGGCUCCCAGUUUGUCGCGUCAGGGUUUUUUGCGGAUGUUGGAGAAGAGGACCUGUCAAUUUGGAAGGGCUGGCAAAAUCCACGGAGACGUAUUCCAAAGGAGUUAUUUGGAGUACACAUUCUGCCAGUACCAUUGUGAGAAUAUGGCCAGUGUAGAGCACUUCACCUGCCCGGUGUGUACACCCAACAUGAUAGCUCUUUGCGCAGAUGGCAACAGAAAGCAGUACCGAUUUCGACAGUCAAAAGGGUCAGAGCAAUCAUAUUUUGACGGUACUUUCAUCGCCAAGGACGCUGAAGUACAGCAUUUUGUUGAGGAGAUCAGGAGUAAAAUGAAAAGUACUGCCGGCAGAGGAAUCUGUGGAGCCAGUCAGUGGUCUGCUGCACGGGAGACAGCCAGAAGAGCUAGUAAACUGGAUGAAGAGGGCAUUGAGGUGGUUGUUUGCCGACACGGAGUGCUAUUGAAGGCCCUCAACAUGUAUAGGGGGGAAAUAUUUGCUUAUCCGCUAGGGGUGUUAAUAAAGUUCAGCUUCACUUACCUCCAGUCUAACUCCUGCUCCUUCCGUGACAGAAGACCAGACCAAACAACUAAAAUGGAUGAGGACGCCAUGGAGGCUUUUAUCUUCAAUCAGAAUGGAGACACUCUGGAGGACUUCGUUGAAGUUUAUAUCCAUCUUUAUCAGGAUGUGGGCUGGGAUGAGGACUAUUUAAAAUAUCAGUUCUGGAGCGGAUUAGAUGAUCCACUCGCCCAGAUACUGCUGCUUGAGGACACUAAGCUACCUUUUAGAGUUUCUGGACCGAGCCCUUUGGGUUUGUGGUUCCUCCCUCACAGUAGCGCUUGCCGAUCCAGAGCCAGCCGAUUCAGAGCCAGCCGAUCCAGUGCCACAGUCCUCAUCUCAGGCCCAACUCAGAAAAGAGCCAUUCGACAGCCCAGUCGGACAAGAGCCAGCAAGCUGCUGCACAGUCGACCAGAAGCCAGAGACUGCUCACAGCGAUUGCCCAGCCGAGACUGCUCACCGCGACUCCCCUGCAGAGACAGCUCGAUGCAAAAUCCUCAUCUCAGGCCCAACUCAGAAAGGGGCCAGCAAGCUGCUGCCCAGUCGACCAGAAGCCAGAGACUUUACCGGUCUCCGGCGCCCCCAGGUGCUUUGCCGGUCUCCGGCGCCCCAGGGACUUUGCCGGCCUCCGGUGCCCCAGGGACUAUGUCGGCGGUCCGGCCGAUUCCUGCCCCCAGGGUGUUGUCGGCGGUCUGGCCGACUCCUGCUCCCCAGGUUUUGUCCGCGGUCAAAGUUUACCCACUGUAA